AUGAUUAUGAAGAAGAGAGGAAGAGAAGAAGAAGAAGAAAAGAGUUCGUUAGGAAAGAAACAAAGAAGCAUUUAUAGAAGAGAUGAAGAAUGGGGAUGGAUGAGGGGUAAAUUGUUGGGAGUUGGAGGUUAUGGCUCUGUUUCCGAAGCGAUUAUCCCUGGCAAAUCUCGUUCUAGACCACCACAAUUUAAAGACUUCCCGUCACUUUUGGCUGUAAAAUCUGCUCAUCAAGGUUCUUCUUAUGCCGACCUCAUAAUGGAAAAGGUUGUUUAUACGGCUUUGGGGUCAAGUCCUCACAUCCUCAAGUACUACGGCCACGAUCAUACCUUUUCUGAAGAACAUGAUGGAAGCUAUGGCGGAAUCAUUUAUAACCUGUUUUUGGAGAAUGCUUUGGGUGGAUCAUUGAGUGGUUUGAUCGAGAAAACAAAGGCUGGGUUGCUUGAGUCUCAAGCAAGAGUACACACUCGCUCUAUUCUUAAAGGAUUGGAGUUGAUACACCAUAAGGGUUUUGUCCACUGCGAUAUAAAACCAUCCAACAUUUUGAUGGUUCAUUGUGAUGAUGAUAAUCCUCAUGGUGUGGAUGGUUUGGUUGCCAAGAUUGCUGAUUUUGGUCUAUCUAAGGGAAUUAAUGAUGAUUUUGAGAAAGAGAAACGAGUGAGAGGUACUUCGUUGUAUCUGUCUCCAGAGAGUGUGUGCGAAGAAACUCAAGACCAAGCCUCUGACAUUUGGGCUCUUGGGUGUGUUGUUCUUGAGAUGUUGACUGGAAGUCCACCAUGGGAUGUGAAUUUGGGACAGGAAGAGCUGUUCAGUAAGAUUUCUACUGAAACACCUUCUCUACCAUCUUACCUUACUUUCACUGCUCAAGAUUUUUUACUUGAGUGCUUCACCAGAGACCCCAAUCAGAGACCUUCUGCUCAGAUGUUGUUGAAUCAUUCAUUUGCUAUGAAAUGGGAAGAGGAUUCCGAAGAAGAAGACCCAGAAGAAGAGGAUUCUGAAGAAGAAGACCCAAAAGAAGAUCCCGAAGAGGGCCCAACCCAGAGGAAGAUCCCGAAGAAGACCCAGAGGAAGAUCCUGAAGAAGACCCAGAAGAAGAUCCCAAAGAAGUGA